UGAUGCUUCAUCCCUGAGUGUGUGCAGUAACUCAGGUUCAACAGCAAAUACACAUGGUGGCCUGGUAGAAGAGUGAGAGCUCAUGUUCACCUGUUUCCAGGAUUUUAACACAAGAACAUGAAGACCACAUUCUACCUCAGUUUGCUACUGGCUGGGUUUCAUGCAGUUGCCCACAGUCAACUCCCACCCAGUGACCACAAUGGACAUGAUCCAAAUGACCCUAAACACCACAUACAUCAUGGAGGUGAAGCGAUCGCUUGCCUCAAACUUGUACCAAACAAUGCUGACUUUGCAUUCCAGUUUUUUAGGGAGGUUACACAGGAGACACCUAAUAAGAACAUUUUCUUCUCUCCUGUGAGCAUCUCCACUGCAUUUGCGAUGUUGGCUCUUGGGGCUAGAUCAGCCACGCAGUCUCAGAUCCUGGAAGGACUCACCUUCAACCUUACAGAGAUUCAGGAGAAAGAGAUACAUGAAGGCUUCCACAACUUAAUCCACAUGCUGAACCAUCCUGAGGGCGGAGUCCAGCUCAACAUGGGGAAUGCCAUCUUUGUAACAGAGAAGCUGAAACUCCUAAAAAAGUUUUUAGAUGAUGCCAAAGCUCUGUAUCACCUGGAGGCUUUUACCACUGACUUUAACAAACCCACAGAAGCUGAAAAGCACAUCAAUGAUUAUAUAGAGAGGAAAACACAUGGGAAAAUUACUAAUUUGGUCAAGGACAUAGACCCACAAACUGUAAUGCUUUUGGCUAGCUUUGUUUUCUUUAAAGGCAGCUGGGAAAAGCCUUUUAAACCAGAGCAUACUGAAGAAAGGGAGUUCUUUGUGGAUGCUGAAACUACUGUGAAAGUCCCUAUGAUGCACCAGAUGGGCAGAUUUGACUUCUAUUUUGAUGAAGAGCUCUCAUGCACUGUGGUACGACUGCAUUAUAAUGGCAGUGCUACUGCAUUUCUGGUUCUGCCAGCAAAAGGGAAAAUGAAGCAGUUAGAGCAAACUCUGGACAAGGAAACCAUCCAGAAAUGGUCAGACCAUCUCUUCCAAAGCUUUAUGGACCUCUACUUCCCCAAAUUUUCUAUAUCUGGGAGCUAUGAAAUACGUAACACCCUUAGCAAGAUGGGAAUUGUGGAUGUGUUCACAAACCAGGCAGAUCUCUCUGGCAUCACUGGCACCCCAGAGCUGAAGGUUUCCAAAGUUGUUCACAAGGCUUCUCUGGAUGUUGAUGAGAGAGGUACUGAAGCAGCAGCAGCAACUGCUGCUGAAAUAAUGGCAGUGGCUCUUCCUCCAACCAUUGAAUUCAGCCAUCCCUUCCUCAUGCUGAUUUUUGAUAGGGAUACAAACAGCACACUCUUCAUAGGAAAAAUAGUUAACCCGACCAUCCCUAGCUGAAGUGACAUAUGAAUUUUGUUUGCUACUACUAAUUAAAGAUGUGAAAAUGCA